UUCAAUCAUUUUACAAUUUCAUUUUAGAAAGAAUCUUUAAAAUGAAACCAAUUUACUUACUCUUUACGUUAUUUUCUUCAUUAGUUCAGGCUGAUGAAGAAAGCACAUUCUUACUAAUUACUAAUUAUCUAAGUAGAAAUAAUAUGAAAACGUCUUAUUUCUUUACUUGUUGGAAGAAGACCGAAACAUUGCAGUUAAUGCACAUGAUGACCAAACAAGAUAUUAAGUUUAAUUUUGUGAAAAACGAAAAAAACGCAAUAAUUCAGGCGCUGGAUGAAAAAAGUAUGACCCGUUAUGGAUACAUUUUAGAUACAAGAUGCCAAAAUUUUAAAAAUUUGUUAUCAGAAAAAAUCUCUACAGUUAAUAUGAGAUUAUCGCAUCCCUGGCUAAUACUUUCAGCACAAUUGAAUACUUCCACCUCUUGGGAAGUUGUCUUAAAAAAUGUGAAUUUAAGAAUGGAUUCAAAUGUAAAAUUUGCAAUUCCUGAAGACGAAUCCACUUUUAAUAUCUUUGAUGUUUACAAUCCCGCCCACCAACUCGGUGAAUCACCUGUGAUAACAGAAUUUGAGAUUUGGAACGGCUCAAGCCUGCAAAUGCAGCAAACAAAAACAUUUUAUUUACAACGGAGAGACAUGUCUCAUAUAAAACUACGAUCUGGAAGUGUAGUUUUGAUCAGCAAUCAUUCUGGAACCUUUGAAGAGUAUAUGUUAGACUCCAGAUUUAAACAACUCGACACCAUGAGCAAGUUUCAUUACCCUAUGUUUCUUUUGUUGGAGGAUGUCCAUAAUUUCACACACUCUUUAAAAAUUGAAGACAAAUGGUUUGGUAAUUACCAAAAUGGUACAGACUCAGGUGUUGGAAAAUUAUUAUACGAAAAUGAAAUUGAUAUAACAUGUACAGGGGCAUCGCAAAGACCCCCAAGAGUGGACGUUUAUGAUUAUUUAAUGCCCUCUUAUCAUUUCAGACCUUGUUACAUUUUCAGAAACCCAGGGACUUACAACCCGCUCGAAAACCAAUUUUUGAAACCAUUUACUGACACGGUUUGGUACAUAACUAUAGUCUCGACAGUACUUGUCUCUUUCUUUAUAAAAAUUUUUCAUCGACUUGAAAACAAGUUUGUGGGAAUUAAAGCGGACUAUUCGUGGGCUACGGCACUCCUAAUUACAUUUUCCGUAAUCUUUCAGCAAGAUUCAUGUAUCUUCCCAACUGGUUUAGCAGGUCGUAUAUCAUUCCUCGUCCUCCAAAUCCUCUCAAUUUUGCUCUAUAACUACUACACUUCAAGCAUUAUUUCGUCCCUUUUAAGCAAACCUCCGGAAGCUUUCCACAGUUUGGAUGAGCUGGGACAUAGCAAACUGGAAAUAGGAAUCGAAGAUUUGCCUUAUACCAUCACCUGGUUCGAGAUUAUGAACGACAGUGAUGUCCAGUACAUUUAUAAAAAUAAAGUGUUUCCACCAAACGCAAAAAAACUGAACAUUUAUGAGCCAGAUGAAGGAAUCGCCAAAGUUAAACAAGGAGGAUUUGCGUAUCACACUCAGCUAGACACAGGAUAUCCCAUUAUUGCCAGGACCUUCGACCAGGAGCAAAUUUGCGAUAUAACUGAAAUUCCAAUGAUACCUCAAGUCGGAGCUGGAAUUAUGCUGCAGAAGAAAUCGCAAUAUAAAGAACUGUUCCACAUAACUCUGCGAAAAAUUAAAGAAGUCGGGUUAGUUCACCGGAUUUCGCAAAUUUGGGAGUCCAAAAAACCGGAUUGUUUGUCAAGCAUUCGAGUGGUUGCUGUUGGCUCUGAUCAAACCUUUAUUGCUUUUCUGACGCUAUUUAUUGGAAUGGCACUUUCGUUGGUGUUUUUGGUCAUUGAAAUUGUAUGGUUCCGAUUUAAUUUGGACGCAUUACCGCCUAAACUAUUCGAAAAAAUGGAACAAUUUUAUUCCUUACCUUUGCAAAACGAUCCGGGGAAUCGAUUAGCAUCGAGAAAAUUGCCAAAUUGCCAAUAGUUUUUUAGUUAUGAUUUUUUAAAAAUUUUACCUAUUUUUGCAUUUAUUUGCAAUUUUCUUGAAAACUAUUAGUCGGAGAACAAUGAUC